AUGAGCGACCAGGAAGCCGCGAGUCGGCGUCUCGGGGUCCUCGCCGGACACUUCGCGCAGGGAUCGAGUAGCAAGGGGCGCGUGAGAGCCACGUAUGCCAGCAUAGACGGCAAACCAAGCAGCUAUGAGAGGGUCCAUGGUGAGGUGUCCAGGGAGCCGCCCGCGUGGGAGCGCAUCCCUGUGGUGGCCAAGGAGACCCUGACGGACGUGAUAUACAGCAAGGGCGACGGGAUCGCGAAGAUUUCCAUCAACCGGCCACAGCGGCGCAACGCAUUCACUCCCCGGACCAUCCAGGAGAUCUCGUGGUGCAUGUCGGACGCGCGCGACGACCCGAAGAUCGGCGCGGUUAUCCUGACGGGCGAGGGCGGCGAGGCCUUCUGCAGCGGCGGCGACCAGGCCGCCCGUGGGCGCGGCGGCUACGUUGGAGCGGACAACAUCCCCCGCCUGAACGUGCUCGACCUGCAGAUCCAGAUCCGCCGCAUGCCGAAGCCCGUCGUCGCAAUGGUCGCCGGCUACGCGGUCGGCGGCGGGCACAUCCUGCACAUGAUGUGCGAUUUGACCAUCGCCGCUGACAACGCCGUGUUCGGGCAGACUGGGCCCAAGGUGGGGUCCUUCGACGCCGGGUACGGCGUUUCGCAGAUGGCGCGCCUGAUCGGGCAGAAGAAGGCGCGGGAGAUGUGGUUUUUGGCGCGGCUGUACAGUGCGCAGCAGGCGCUGGAGAUGGGCCUGAUCAACACCGUCGUGCCGCUGGACGAGCUCGAGCGGGAGACGGUGCAGUGGUGCCGCGAGAUGAUCCGGAACAGCCCGACGGCCGUGCGGGUGCUGAAGUCGGCGCUGAACGCCGUCGAGGACGGGCAGGCGGGGCUGCAGCAGUUGGGCGGCGACGCGACGCUGCUCUUCUACCAGAGCGAGGAGGGGUCCGAGGGGCGCGACGCGUACGUCGAGGGCCGGCGCCCGGACUUCUCGCGCUUCAAGCGGUAUCCGUGA